AGUUUCAAUCAAAUAGGAAUAAAAGUCGACAGCAAUGAUGAUUUCUCGAGGGAUUUUAGGCUUGAAUUUCUUUUUUCAAUCUAAAAGUUUGACUUUGAUUAGAAAAUUAAGUGUGCAAGCAGCUGCGUCUUAUAAGCCCACCGAUGAUGAAUACGCUCGAGCAAAACCUUACGAGCAAAUUCCGAGCUUAACGAAAAUUGAAUUGGCGAAAAGAUUUCUUCCCGGAGGAAAGUUUCACGAAAAGUCAAUCGUUGAUGUGCAAGUUAUGUUGAGAGAUGAAUUAGGAGAAUUAUAUCGCAUACCAGGAAUGUUCGGACAAAGAGAAAUAUUGACAACUUUUGACCCCAACGAUGUUGAGAUUAUCCAUCGAACAGAAGGCGCGCAACCAUAUCGUCGAGGUCUUGAAACGAUAACGUAUUAUCGUAAGAAAUUACGAAGUGACGUUUAUUCAGUUGGUGGUUUAAUUCUUGAACAAGGAGAUGAAUGGAGUAAAAUGCGAACUGCUGUCAAUCCGAUUUUAAUGCAACCGAGAACAGCAAAACUUUAUAUUCCAACGAUUGAUGGAAUUGUUCAAGACUUCAUGGCGAAUUUCCCAAAGCUGCAAGAUGAAAACGGCGAAAUGCCUGACAACUUUCAAGAUUUACUGAACCGUUGGACAUUGGAAUCCAUAGUAGCAAUAGCACUUGAAAAACGAUUGGGAUUGAUGGAUCUUGAAAAUAGAAACGAGAAAGCUGAGAAAAUAGCAAAAACAGUUCGAACGAUUUUUGAACUCACAGCGGAAUUCGAAUUUAAACCAUCAGUAUGGCGAAUCUAUCAUACAAAAGCAUUCAAAAAACUGCUUCAAGCAUUCGACGAUCUGACAGAUCUAUCUUUAGAGCUCAUCGAGGCUGCAAAAAAAAAUUACCAAGAGGAAACUGUUAACAAUGAUAACAAUGAAGAAAGCAUUUUAUUUAAAUUGUUAAAGAAAGAUCCAAGGUUUGCUUCUGUUAUGGCUUUUGACAUGAUUUUCGGGGGAAUUGACACGACAUCUUCAACGCUUUCUGGCGUCAUGUAUUGCUUGGCUAAAAAUCCUGAUAAACAAGAAAUAUUAAGACAAGAGCUGAUAAAAGUUUUAACAGAUAAAAACACUCCAUUGACGCCGGAAAAUAUGAAUCAUUUACCAUACUUACGAGCUUGCAUUAAAGAAGGUAUCAGAGUUCUUCCACCUGUUAUGGGAAAUAUGAGACGAACGGGUGAGAACAUUGUCUUAAGAGGUUAUCAAGUACCGAAAAAUGUUGAUGUUAUGCUCGCUCUAAUGCACAUGUAUAAAGACGAAAAAAAUUUUGGAAGCCCGAAGGAUUUCAUUCCAGAAAGAUGGUUGAAGCACCAAGAUGAAAAUGCUUGCCCUCGUUCACUAAAGCAAUCCCAUCCUUUUGUUUAUCUGCCAUUUGGUUUUGGUCCACGAGUCUGUGCAGGGAAGCGAAUCGCUGAAAUGGAAAUCGAAGUUUUUCUUUCUCGUGUCAUUCGAAAUUAUCGUGUCGAGUGGCAUCACGAAGACAUGAAGGUUCGAAGUACAUUAGUCAAUCUUCCAGGUAAUCCAUUAAAUUUCAGAUUAAUCCAAGUUUAAAAUUUUACUUUUUAAAAUUUCUUGACAUAUGAUUUAUUUACUUUCUUAUUUUUUGUAUUCUUUAUUUGAAAAUAUAUCGAAAGCUAUUGGAACGUUUUGUUUCAUUUUUCAUUUAAUUUAACAAUAAAAAUCCAUACCGAGAAA